GACGCGGCGGGGGGAGGGCGUGUUCGCGGUUGGUCCGGUGUUUGUCAGAUCGUGCGUGGGCAGUCGAGUAUCUGGUGGGUUUGUGCUGUCGGGAGCAGCAUGGGCAGAUCCACAGCGCAGUGGGUGAGGGCGCAGGGGCUCGCGCAGCGUGCCUCCCCUCAUAAAGACGACUGGCAGCCACCCAGCUACACAGAGAUCUACCCGGACCCGGAUGGCGAGAAGUCGAUCAUGAGCUCGGUGGUCUACUGCAUCCACCACAAAGAGGGCUGCAAGUGGACCGACGAGCUGCGCAAGCUCAAGGCGCACCUGAACACGUGCAAGCAUGACGCCAUGCCGUGCACGAACGCGUGCGGCGCGAUGAUCCCCCACCUGAUGAUGGAGGACCACCUCAAGUUCACCUGCCCCCGCCGCCGCGCCCGCUGCGACCACUGCAACCUCGAGUUCAGCGGACAGACUCUGGAGAGUCACGUGGGAGGCUGCUCGCACGAGCCCGUCUACUGCGAGAAUAAGUGCGGCAACAAGGUGCAGCGCGUCAAGAUGGCGCACCACCGCGCGGCCGAGUGCAGUCGCCGCUUGGUGCCCUGCCGCUACUGCACCAAGGAGUUCGUGGCGGACACGCUGCAGGCGCACGUCAGCAAGUGCACCAAGUGCCCGGUCAGCUGCCCGCACGGCUGCGAGAUGGCCGUCACGCGCGACACCGUGGAGAGCCACACCAAGGAGUGCCCCAACGUCACUGUCAGCUGCGCGUUCAAAGACGCCGGCUGCCGAUUCAAGGGCCGGAAGGCGGCGGUGGAGCAGCACGUCGAGUCCAGCUCUCGCCAGCACCUGCUGCUCAUGUGCUCGGUGGUCGGGCGGCAGCAGCAGCAGAUCGCCGCGCUGAAGCAGGCCGUCGCCAAGUCAUCCGCCAACACGUCCGGCACGCUCAUCUGGAAGAUCGGUGACUUCGCUGCGCGCAUGGCCGAGUCGCGAGGAAAGGAAGGCCUUGAGCUCAUCAGCACUGCCUUCUUCACCAGCCAGUACGGCUACAAACUGCAGGCGUCACUGUUUCUAAACGGCAACGGCGCCGGCGAGGGCUCCCACCUCUCCAUCUAUAUCAAGAUCCUGCCGGGCGAGUACGACGCGUUGCUUCGCUGGCCGUUCGCCCACACCGUCUCCUUCACGCUGUACGACCAGGCGCCUACGCCCGAGGCAGCCUGCAAUAUCGUAGAGAGCUUCAUCCCUGACCCGACCUGGAAGAACUUCCAGCGGCCCAGCAAGGAGCCCGACUCUCUCGGCUUCGGCUUCCCACGCUUCAUCUCUCACGAAAUGCUCAAACGGCGCUUCUUCGUGCGGGACGACGCCAUGUUUAUUCGUGUGAAGAUCGAGGCUGGCAAAAUCGCCGCUGUGUGAGGCGCGCGAACCGACUCAAAGUGUUGUGCGGUGUUGUUUGUUGUGUGGGUAUGAUUCUCUUAUAGGCAUCGACCUUCCACCCGCGACGGUGGUCAGACCGUCGAAGUGUGUCCGAGGACGUAGAUGCAGUACGUGCCGUGUGUCGUGCGAACGACUCUUGUGUACACGUGGAGAGGAUAUGCAGAGCAGAUGUGCGUUGAGGAGGCGCCCUUCGUUCGCGGCGGGUGCCGUCGCUUUGUUUCGUUCUUUCAUGAUUAACAGUCACUGGUUUGCGCUGUAAGCUGUAGUCGUCGACGGUUAUUGAUGUAUGUGGUGCGCGAAGUCACGUCAUGAUCUCUGCGUGUAAAUAGUGUUUACGUUGUCGCCGUAACGUUGAUUGUUACAAAGGAACAAAGCUUUCAACGAAUAGUCGCUAAGUCUUCAUCGUACACGUAAAUCACUGGUGAUUUACUUUGUAAAGGAUGGUAGUUCAGCUGAUAUUUCCUGCAAUAAAAUAUUGGAGCACU